CAUUAACAAUAGUUUUUCACGCAUUCCUUGCCUUAUUUUUGUUUUUUCAAGGGAAGAGAAGCAUCUUUUCGGUGGGUAGUACUUUUGAGGUUUGAGCAUAAUUGUGUUCCAGUACUCUUGACCUUCAUAAGGACCAAGGAAGCUUUUCUUCUUCAUAAUUGUUUCCAGAAUUACAUGAACAUGCUCAGCUCUAUAUCUGCUAAUGUUGGAGAAGCUUUUAUGAAGCUUCUUCCUCUUCAUUUUCAUGGCAGAUCCUCAAGUAAGCUUCUCCAUUUCUCUACUACUUUUCCCUUUUUCGAUUUCAGUUUUCCCCUCUUCAACUCUCCCUCAUUUCACCUUUCUGUUCUGUUUCCUUCCCGAAAUUACACCAAUUACGUUACUCAUGAUUUUGAUUCUGAUUUUGAUGACCCCAAAUUGUUUCUGAAAUUUGUUAGACAACAAUCCAAAUUAGGGUUUACUAAUGUUGAAAUCCCCCUUUCCCAUUUCCACCAUAUGAUAUCGAUGAGACCUCUUCCUUCUAUUAUUGAUUUCUGUAUGUUAUUGAGUGCCAUGUCCAAGAUUAAACCCCACCCACCUUUCUCCACUGUCAUUUCUCUUUACAGACACCUCCAUUUGUUAGGUGUUCGCCCAAAUGAUUACUCCCUUACCAUCCUUGCUAAUUGCUACUGUCGUUUGAACUUUGUUGAUUUCGGCUUCUCUGUUCUCGACAACAUUAUUAAACUUGGUUUUCAACCUAACAUUGUCACCUUUACUACUCUCAUCAACGGCUUCGUUCAUACUCAUCACUUGGACAAAGCCGUUCAAUUGUUGGAUAAAGUUGUCAAGCUUGGCUACCACCAACCCACAUUAAUCACCUAUGGUUCUAUGUUCAAAGGUCUCUGUAGGUCCGGUGAUAAUGCCGGUGCUCUCAAACUCCUCAGAAAUAUGGAGUCUUAUGGCCAUUUUAUGCCUAAUGUUGUCAUUUACAACACCAUCAUUGAUAGUCUCUGUAAAGACCAGUUAUUACCUCAGGCUCUCCGUCUUUUCAAAGAGAUGAAAGUCAAGGGAAUUUCCCCUAAUGUUGUCACCUUUAAUACCUUAAUUCGAGGUAUGUGCACUUUGGGGCAACAGAAAGAGGCCCAAGAAAUGCUGACUGAGAUGUUGGGGAACAACAUAACUCCUGACAUUGAGACCUACACCACGUUGAUUGAUAUGUAUUGUAAAGAAGGCAAGGUUGGUGAAGCACGGGACAUUUUUUAUUUCAUGACUAGGAUAGGAUUGGUUCCAGAUAUCAUCACUUACAACGCUCUGUUAGACGGAUAUUGUUUACGUGGUGAGAUGGACGAGGCAGAAAAGCUUAUGGAUGUGAUAAUAAAAGAUGGUUGCAAACCUGAUGUAGUUACUUACAACAGCUUACUCAAUGGCUAUUGCAAUUCUAAAAACAUUGACAAAGCUCUUGGUCUGCUCCAAGAGAUGCAUUCUAACGGAUUAACCCCUGAUGUUAUCAUGUACAGCACUCUUAUAGAUGCUUUGUGCAAAGACAAUCAAAUCAAGCUUGCACACCAGUUUUUUGAGGAUAUGAAAGCUCAUGGACUGAAACCAGAUAUAAUAGCUUGGAAUUCAUUCCUUGAUGGCAUGUGUAAGAAUGGACAAAUUGACGAGGCAAUUACAACAGUGAAGCAAAUGGGGAAUACUGGAGUGAUCCCUGAUAUUAUUACAUACAGUAUCCUAAUGGAUGGUUUCUGUGAAGCUAAUCGGCUUAGAGAAGCAGAGGAUAUAUUCUCUUUUCUCAUAACUAAAGGGCUGCAUAAUGUGCGUGCUUACACCAUAAUGAUAAAAGGGUUUUGUAAAGAAGGGUUGCUAGCAAAAGCCGAUGAAUUAUUGAAGAAUAUGGAGGACAAUAAAUGCUUUCCAAAUGAAUGCACCUUCAAUACAAUUAUAAGAGGAUUUAUAGAUGAAAAGGAUGUGAGGAGAGCUUUAGAGCUUGUCAGCUUAAUGAGAAACAAAGAGUUUGCUGCUGAUAAUCACACUAUAUCGUCAUUUGUGAGCUUACUUAAUGAUCCAAAUACUGAUGAUGUAGACAAGGAAUUAUUGAAAAAGUUUUUGGAAAACUGAGCGAGCAAUGGUUAAAGCGGAGGUGGAAGGAGCAAUGAGUUAAGCAUAGAUGAUCAGCUGUGAAAGAGAUGUGAAAAUAGACAUUAUGAGUGAACAUUAUAAAUUGGUAAGUCAUAUAUUUAAUGUGUUCUGAUAGACUGUAGGCAAAAACCUUAACUCCUGUAAUCUGGAACAUAACCUGUAAAUUUUGUAUCCAAUUGUUUGCUUGCCAUCUGCCUGUGAGUCGCAUUAGUUGUACUAUAUCUUAUCCAAUGGUUGUAAACAGCAGUUGUGCUUACUUUACAUAGGGGUCAAAUUUACCAUUUUACUUGAUUAGGCAUAACCACACAUGCUGUAAUGCUGUAUAGUGUAUACAAUGCAACUCUUGUACAUAGGGCUCUUAGGCUCUACAAAGUUUUGAUCGGUUCAUUGGAGACGUGUUGAUUGAAUUUCUUGGGGUGUGUUUUAGCUUUCUGUAGAUAACCAACCUUUGAAGUCUCUGUCGUUGAAGAUUUUUCUUCUUCCAGGCACUUGGAUCUUGCUUAACUGAACUCGUGUUUUGGUUACAUAACAUAGUUGUAAGCCCAUAAUCAAAUCAUAUAACCUGGUUGACAUUUGUUAAUUUCUUCUCUUUUUUCCAUUCUGAAAAAAGCAAAAAGCAAAAGGUGUGAAACACUCCAGGUUUAGAUAUAUAUGGAACUGGUUAAGCUGCAAUUCCCAACUUCCAGUUAGAUCCUACCAGUUCACUUUUCACUCCUUUUUUUUUUUUUUUUUUUUUAAAUAUAUAUAUUUUGCUGUCUGUUUCAAUUUCAGGGCAGUGAGGCUCAUCAUAAGCUUGGAGGCUUCUGAUUUCGGAUGAAGAUAAUCAAUCUCAGAACUGAAUGUGGCAAGGUAUUCAUAAAACGACUACUCGGUCUUUGGGUUGCUUGGAAUCCUUGGAUCACAUUACUAGCAUUUCUCUAGACGUCUAUUGUGGUUUUUUUUUUUUUUUUUUUUUUUUU